AUGGCUCCUCACGGCAGUGCAGAUCACGAUGGGCUGGAUAUGAGCCAAAUCGAUUGGUUUCCGCAAAUGCUUGCUGUGCCUUCACUCGGCACAUCGCCUGGGACGUCAGAGCCGCGACGGUCGGAAACACAUCUACAACCUUCACUCAGCUCAAUAUCCUUCAGACAACCGGAGAGUGUAACAGUAGUUGUGGAUCCACGCGAUGGCGCAGGGUCCGAUCAGGUAUUCCUGGAUGAGAAGGAUCGGACCGUGAAUCGACGACUACGUGGGUUCCAUGUGUUUAUGAUUACCAUUAGCGGCGUCCUCGGCGUUGGGCUUUAUCUACGAAGUGGAUCUAUACUGCGGAUCGGUGGGCCGGCAGCGGUCCUGAUAUCGUUUUCAGCCAUGGGCUUGCUAGCCUGGUUGGUCAUGCAAUGCAUCGGAGAGUUCCUCGCGAUAUGGCCUGUCGCCGGAGCGCUCGUGGAGUUCGUCGGGACAUUCGUUGAUGAAGACCUGGGCACUACAGUUGGUAUUGCAUAUUGGGUAUCUUAUUGUUUGAACUUUGCUGCGAUGAUUGUGGCUGCUGCGGGCGAGGUUGAAUUCUGGAACACAAGCAAGGCGAUACAGGGCACUGUCAUUCUGUUCAUAGUGCCCCUGUUCCUGGUGCUGCUUAAUAGCUUUGGCGUACAGGUAUAUGGUUUGACUGAGGUAAUUGGAGGCUCUCUGAAGAUCCUUGGGGCCAUUGUUGUUACUGUGUCAAUGAUUGUGAUUAACGUUGGAGGUGGAAAUGAAGAACACAUUGGUACUAAAUAUUAUCGCGACUCGUCUAUAUUCCAGUAUGAUGAGAGAGCGGCGGGAAACUGGGCGACCGCGUUGUUCAUCUCUCUUUCCAUUGCAGCAUUCUCCUUCAUAGGUGUCGACAUUGCAGCCGCCACGGCACUCGAAGCACGUCCUGACAACAAGCGGAUCUCGGCGGAGGACCCUCUAAAUGAAGAACUGAAACAGCCAUGGCCAUUCAUAUCCGUUCGCUUUUCUGCCACCUGGACAAGUUUCAUUGCGUGGAUCGCCUAUUUCGUUGCCGGUUUUGUGAUGACCUUGAAUAUACCUUGGGACUCUGAUGAAUUACCGCAAGCUGGAUGGCUGGGUCACCCCGGCCCAAAGACCGACAGGCCAAGUGAUUCUGGCUUUGUGAUCAGCGCGAAGAGAUCUGGGAUCAAAGGGCUGGCAGAUCUUUUCAAUGUCAUUCUGCUAUUCACUGCCCUGACCUGCGCCAAUACAAACCUGUAUGUCGCGUCCCGAACGCUCUUUGGUUUGACUCGAAAGAUAUACGGGAAGCAGUGGCGGUGGCUGGCAUUCUUCGGGAAGACGAACAGCUACCAGGUUCCAGUUCGGGCCAUGUUUCUCUCGUGCUGCUUCCUGUGGGUGCCGUUUCUAUACCUGUCGCCGAAUAAUGCGAAGGGGACCACUAUCGCUAGUCUCCUCGAGGUAUUAUCCCAACUCGGCUCAGUCAGCUGCCUCAUUGUCUGGGCUUGUGAAUGUUGGGCUUUUAUACGCUUCUAUAAUUGCAUGAAGGUACACCAAGUCGAGCUCCAUAAUUCCCCUCAAUUCGCACAUGUCUGCCGCUUCCGUCGUCCCGGCGCCCCAGACUAUUAUCCCUGGCGCUCCCACGGCCAACCGGUCACAAUGUAUCUCGCCUUAGGGGGUUGUCUCUUUACGCUCAUUGUUGCCGAUGGAGCAGCAUUGUGGCAUGGCUUCCAUGCGUCCCUAUUUCUCUCGGCGUAUCUAGCGCCUCUGUGCUUCAUUCCAUUAUGGUUCAUCAUCAAAGCAUACCGCUCCGGAGGUUGGCGGAACAUCCGGUGGGAGCUCGAAGAUCUGUCAAAUAUCAUCGAGGUCAAAGAGAAGAUUCGAAAGCUGGACGAGCUUAAGGACCGCGCAACGGCCAGAGAUGGUGCUCAGCAGAAGCCUGGGUGGGGGAAUCUCUGGGGCGUUAUCUGA